GUGUGGGGGGUUUAUGGCUGGUCACGCAUCUGCAGAAACUAGUCAUACAUAGUCUAUCUAUGGUCAUCACUCAGCCGUACGACCGUAAAUAGUAAAACCACCUCAAAUCUUCUCUCUCUUAAUUUCAUUCUCAACACUCACUCAGGUUCGGUAGGAAUAAGUAAAUAAAAACAGAGAUGUGUGAAAGUGGGAGAGUGACUUGGGAAGGUUGCAGCGUUUUGCUAGACAUCAACGACGGUGACCGUCUAGUUUUCGCCCGUCUCUCUCCCGCUGCAAAAUUGAAGAUUGGGAAUAAGAACUGCUCUCUACAGCCGUUGAUCGGUCGUGCAUUCGGUACUCUCUUUCAAGUCGAAACUGCAUCAGAUGGACCUUUUCUCUCUCCUGCCCAAGGUAAUGUUACUAACAAUGAAGAAAUAAGAGACGGUGAAGUAAAUGUUGAGUCCAAGGACAAUCGGGCUUUGAUUGACAAUAAUUUGGCCCAAAGUCUAACUGGUGAAGAUAUAGAAGCCAUGCGAAGGCAGGGUGCAAGAGGUAAUGAAAUUAUUGAUGCUCUCAUUGCCAACAGCGCAACAUUUGAAAAGAAAACAUUGUUCUCACAGGAAAAAUAUAGACUUAAGAAGCAGAAGAAAUAUGCACCAAAAGUUCUUAUGAGGUGUCCUGUUGCUAGGAGUAUAUGUGAGGCCUAUUUUAAGAAGUAUCCAUCUAAAAUUGGGUUUUUGCGGGUGGACACAUUGUCCCUUCUACUUUCCAUGGGUAAUGUUUCUUCAAAUUCUGACAUUCUCAUAGUUGAUAUGGUUGGUGGCCUUCUUACCGGUGCUGUGGCAGAACGUUUAGGAGGUACUGGUUUUGUGUGCAACUCAUAUCUUGGGCAGGUACCAUAUCCCAUGGAUAUUGUGAGGAUAUUUAACUUAAGUGAUGAGAUCUGCAAGAGAAUUGUAAGGUCUCCCAUUUCUGACUUGUUGUCACAAAAAGAAUACCCUGAACUAAACCUGCAACAUGAUGGUGUCUGCAAUGUGAAAAGCCAAUCAAAUGAUCAAAUAAGUGCAUCAGCUAGCAUGGAGGAAAUUUCUUCUCCAUCAGAAAAUGAAAUUUCUGAUCUUGGUGCUGAGAAUACUGAACCUGCUAUCAAAGUUUGUAACAAAGCUCCAAAGGCUGGAGAAAAGGCACAGCAAGAAACCAUUGACUUGUGGAAGGAAAAUGGUUUUUCCAGCCUAAUUAUUGCUGCUCCAGAGUUGGAUACUUGGACAUUGGUUAGAGAUCUCUUGCCUCUUUUAGCAAACUCAGCUCCAUUUGCUAUUUAUCACCAAUAUCUUCAGCCUCUUGCAACUUGCAUGCACAAUCUACAGCUUGGGAAAAUGGCCAUUGGAUUGCAAAUAUCAGAGCCUUGGCUUCGUGAAUACCAGGUAUUAUUUAUUUCUGUUAUUCAUAUCAACAUCAUGAAAAUAGAUAAGUUUUAUGAAGUCCUUUGUUUACAUAAUUUAGAAGGGAAAAUAAAAGUAUAUUCAUCUUGUCUACCUUAAGCAUAGGAAUUUUAGGAUCUGUCCUCGCUGCCGAGGAAAUGACAAAAGAGGUUAACAACUAGACAUUGCCCAAUCUGAAUGGGGGAUGACCCCUGGAAUGUGCGUGGGAUAAAUGUGAGGGGGAGAGAAGCAGGUAGGAAGAUUUGGGCAAGAAUUGAGUAAAGGGGAGAAGUUUUGGAAAGGGUGUGAUAUUCUGUAUGUCUACUGAAUUUCCCCUAUUAUUUAAUUUUUAUACCCCUGCAUUUUCUUUGUAACUUCAGUUACUACAUAGGACUACUCUGCUUGUAAAGAGCUUGGUCUCCAUUAUUUCUACUUUUACACGAAGUACCUAUCAGUCUCAACAAUGUUUUUAUGGUACAGUCCGAACGGAUCUCGUAACAUUUUAAUCGUGUGCAGGUACUUCCGUCUAGAACUCACCCGUGCAUGCAAAUGAGCGCAUUUGGGGGCUAUAUUCUGAGUGGAACUAAGAUAUGCGGCAGCUAAUUCCAGUUCCACCAGAAUACUUUUGCUUUGAUUACCCCCUUUCUUCAUCAUUUGCAACCUCAUAUAUUGGAUAACACAACGCGAAUACCAACUCUUUCCGGGACCAAUUGUGUUAUCAUUUCGGCAGCAUAACGUGCCAAUUCAACAUUUGUGUUUCCGACAAGCUGUUGGUCAGCCAAAGGCCUAAGUGUAUCGCUGUACACUAGUUAUUUUAGUGUUUACUGUCUGCAUCAUGCAAACCUUUUAACGGGCGCCUAAUUUUUAUUGCGGGCUGUGGUCUGAUUUUUUCUUUAUGGCU